AGAACAAUGGCUGCCUUCAUGUCGACAAAAUCUGAAAUGACACAGUGCAGUACAAGUUGUGAAAAGAACAUCUGUCGUUAAUCAAAAUGAAUUUUAGAAGAUACAAUUUUUGCUGAUACUGCUACACAAAGAAUGUAAGACAGAAAGUCGCAGGACUAAAGAAACAGACUAAAAGACACAGAUUAAAAGUCACAAUUCAGUUUUGAAUUGAUUAGUAGUUUACAUAUAUGGACAGAAGAAUUGGUUCUCCAGCCAUAGAUAAAUAUGUGCUUCAAGAUCCGGACUAUAGCGGUGAAAUGCUAAACAAACUCAAUUCCCUACGGACAGAGAAAGUCUUCACAGAUGCCACAGUAUGUUGCGGACAAGAAGAAUUCUUCUGUCAUCGUAACGUCCUUGCAGCAAGUAGCCCAUACUUUCGAGCCAUGUUUACCAGUGAAUUAAGAGAAGGAAAAGAAACUCUGGUAUCAUUCAAUGAUAUUUCAGCAUGGACUAUGAAAAGGAUAAUUGACUACAUUUACACUGGUAAACUAGAAAUAAACACUGAUAAUGUACAAGAAUUACUUGUGGCUGGAAGCAUGCUACAGUAUGAGGCAAUAGUCGAUUCUUGCUGCAAGUUUCUCAAAUGCCAGUUAGAUCCAUAUAACUGUUUAGGAAUAGAAAAAUUUGCUCAGAUGCAUUCCUGUCACCGACUUGAGGAAGAAGCUUAUAAACAUGCCUUAGAAAACUUUAGCGUGGUGACAGAACAAGUGGAAUUCUUAGAACUAACAGUAGAUAAUCUAAUAAGAUACGUGUCUAGUGACUGGAUUGAUGUUAGGACAGAGGAAAUAGUCUAUGAUGCGGUCAUUAAAUGGAUUGAGUUUGACGUAGACGAACGCAAGAAAUAUAUAACCCAACUAUUAGAAAAUAUCAGAUUACCCGUUAUAGAUAAACAUAGAUUAUCUAUAAUAAAAAAAGAACCAUUAAUUGUCAAGUGUGAGGAUUGUGUUCAAAUGGUGCAAGAGGCCAUAACACACAAUGAAUCGGUGCAUGAUCAACAUGGCCGACGAAGGAGAAGCAUGCAGAAUAGUCAUGUUCAACCUAGACCAUCUACUGUAGCUAAAGAGAAAAUGGUUGUGAUAGGUGGAAUAAACAAUUAUGUAAAUAGAACUGUAGAAAUGUACGAUCCGUUAAAAGACAAAUGGUUCGAUCUGCCUGACUUUCCUGAUAACAUAUCAUGGUUUAGUGUUUGUGCUUUAUCUCAUUCAAUCAUAGUUACCGGGGGGAUCUUAGAGGGCAAUAUUGUCUCAAAAGUCUGGAAAUUUGAAGGUAGGACUAGAGCGUGGAUUGCAAUGCCACCUAUGCUAAAACCUCGUGCUCGGCAUGCGUCUGGAGCUUUAGGUGAACUUAUUUAUGUGUUUGGAGGUGUCACUUAUGGAACUACUUAUAGUGUGAUUGAUUCCGAGUUAAUAGAAUGUUAUGACCCUACCACCCAGUGUUGGACACAUGUUGGACAGUCUGUGUUUCCUAGGAAACAAUCUCAGGUUGUGACCUUUAGCAAUAUGCUUGUUGAAGUUGGUGGCUUACAAGGGGAAGCAAAAGUCAAUACCAUGGACAAUUUUAUGUGUAUUGGAAGUGGAAAGGACAUAAGAUCUGCUGAACAAUUUAUUUUACCAGAAGCUAUUCAGUAUUCCAAAAUAGUUGUUAUUAAUAAUAUAUUUUACAUUAUAUGGGAAGACACUAAGAAAAUUAUUGCCUUGAAUCCUAGAAGAAGAACAUUUGAAAGACUUGCCGAUAUGAAUUAUGCACAUAAACAUUGUGGGGCCACAGUUCUAGGGGAUAAAAUUUAUGUUGUAGGGGGACUAAUAGACAACAGUCACAACACACGACCAAGUUGUAUUGUAGAAAGUUACGAUCCAGUCACAAAUAAAUGGACCAUAGAGAAAUCUCUGAGAGAACCAAGGGCUCACCAUGGGUGUGCAACAAUAACAUUAUGAUGUGUAGAUUAAUUAGCACAGUAAAUUCUUGAACUUUCUUCGAAAUUUCAAAUUCACUAAAAUCAAUUUUUCAUUGUUCAAACUAAAAGAAAUACAUUUUCAUACCCAGUUGAGAAUAUGCAUGAUGCAUUGAUAUGUGUGUAAUGACAAAAUUUCACAAGUAUGAAAUCUAUCUUCAUGUACAUAUGUAGCAAGAUCCACCAUACAUGUAUUAUUUAAUAGUUCUUUGGAAUGGUAUACCUUUUUUCAAACUUUUUUGUGUAAAUUGGAAUUUUCAGUAAACACAUCAUGGUAAAACUUGGACCUUUAAAAUAUUAAGGAGGAACCUGAUUUUUUUUUUGUGUCACAGGUCCUGGACCUUCCAUUGAAAGUAAAUUUGAACCCCCUGAAUGAAGCAACCACAUGAAAGUUACUCUAUUAUUCCUCGAGUAGUCUUAGAAAUAGUUUGUAUAAGCUUAAUUUUGAUUUAAAAAAUGUUAUGAAUAUUAUUAUAAAACCUGCAGAAACUUAGCCACCAGAUUGUUUGUGCCAUUUAUAACAGUGUUCAAUUUUAUUCUGUGUGUACUUAUAUGAUUGACAAUCAGAUUAAGACAGACAAAAAGACACAUUUUAAGGGUUUCCUCUGGCAUGUCUAGAAAAAUAGGAUUUGUCCAUAUUGGUAGUAUUUUUUUUUGCCAUUCUCAUAUUUUAGCUCACCUGGCUCAAAGGGCCAAGUGAGCUUUUCCCAUCACUUGGCGUCUGUCGUACGUCAUCUGUCGUCCGUCGUUGUCCGUCGUUAACUUUUACAAAAAUCUUCUCCUCUGAAACUACUGGGCCAAAUGAAAUCAAACUUGGCCACAAUCAUCAUUGGGGUAUCUAGUUUAAAAAUUGUGUCUGGUGACCCGACCAAUCAACCAAGAUGGCCACCAUGGCUAAAAAUAGAACAUAGGGGUAAAAUGCAGUUUUUGGCUCAUAACUCAAAAACCAAAGCAUUUAGAGCAUAUCUGAUAGGGAUGGAUAUAUUUUAUCAGGUCAAGAUCUAUCUGCUCUAAAAUUUUCAGAUGAAUUGGACAACUUGUUAGUAGGUUGCCCCUGAAUUGGUAAUUUUAAGGAAAUUUUGGCUUUUUUGUUAUUAUCUUAAAUAUUAUUAUAGAUAGAGAUAAACUGUAAACAGCAAUAAUUUACAGCAAAGUAAGACAAAAAAAUAAGUCAACAUGAUCAAAAUGGUCAAUUGACCCCCUAAGGAGUAAUUACCCUUUAUGGUAAAU